CUGAUGCGAUGCACAGUGAUUCUGAUUCACUGAGCACACAACAUCCCACUAAACCACCUCAGCUGUCGCUUUUCUCUUUUUCUGUGGAUGCCCUUGAAUUGAAGGAAAAAAACUGAGGAGGUAUACACAAUAUAUAUAUUUAUUUUUUUUCCCGCGCAAGGAUUUAUUUAUACAUUCUCUGGCACUCCAAACGCCAACAGAUUGUGUUUGGUCUCCUUGCGAAGGGUCACUUGGGAAAAUCGACCCGUCUUGUGGCACUCCUGACACACUUGGAAGAUUUGUAGACUGCGGACGUUUCGUGAAAUAGGACACACGGACGGACAACUGCGGUUUAUGCGUGUUCCCGUUCAUAGAAGAUAGAAACGGACUGUUGCUGCAAGAACUGACAGAGAAAUAACAAACAAUCAACUCAAAACAUGAGCUGCGCAAUGUUGCGACACGCGCUCGCUUUGCUCUUGGCGUUGCUGUGGAAAGGACCCACUGGUGCUCAGGCGGCCGAGUUCGGACACUUGCCCGACAACAUUACCGUGCUGGAAGGAGAAAGCGUCGUUCUAGUGGGAUGUCUCAACGAUCACUCAAAACACAACGCGUGGCUGAACCGCUCCAACAUCCUAUUUACGGGCACAGAUAAGUGGUCCCUGGACUCCCGCGUCUCUCUGGUGAACAACAACAACAGCGACUUCUCCAUUAAGAUUGAGCGAGUGAUGGUGGCAGACGAGGGACCCUACACAUGCAGCUUCCAGGCCAGAAACCAGCCCCGUACGGCCCACGUCUACCUCAUCGUUCAGGUGCCGGCCCGGAUAGUGAACAUCUCGCAGGAUAAAUCGGUGAAUGAAGGCGAUGACGUGAAUCUUUUUUGCCUGGCGGUGGGCAGACCAGAGCCGACCGUCACCUGGAAGGACUUCAAGUACGGUCUCAUGAGCGAAGGCGAGUUUCUGGAAAUCACAGAAAUCAAGCGGCAUCAAGCGGAGGAAUUUGAAUGCAUCACCAACAACGGCGUGGCGCCGCCAGACACGCACCGCGUCAAGGUCACAGUCAACUAUCCACCAGUAAUCACAGAAGUAAAGAACAUGCCCGCCCAGGUGGGAAAAACUGCAAUCUUACGCUGUGAAGCUAUGGCGGUGCCCACCGCGUCCUUCGAAUGGUACCGGGAUGACCGAAGGCCGGUAGAGAGCGAUAACACGCUGAAGAUUAAAAACGAGAAAACACGUUCCCUGCUGCUCUUCACCAACGUCACAGAAAAACACUUUGGCAACUACACCUGUUUCGCCUCCAACCGCCUCGGGGCUUCCAAUGCCAGCAUGUUACUCUUCAGGCCCGGGGCCGUGUACGGUGGAGCCGCAUCUCUGAACGGCCGUUUAUCAGGAGUCGGCCUGUGGUUCUGCCUCUCCAUCUCUGUUCUGAUGAAGGUCUAAAACUUUCCCACUUCGGAAGGAGUCUUUAAAUACGAACCCAUCACUGUGAACAAAAAUAAAUUAUGCAUUAAUCCAGGAGCCAUCGCUACAUCACUCGGUCAUGCCUUCCUCUUCCCUUUCACGCCCAGUCACAUAUCACCGCUUCACUCCUCCCUCCCAUCACCAACGAUGGUCACCUUUAAUCGCCCAAACCUGAAAUGUGAUGCAAAUGAUGUGAACGACAAGUGUAAUGCCAGCUGGGUGUCUCUUGAUGUGCGUGCUGGACAUGCUGGUUGUAAAGUGACGUGUCGACAAUGAUGGUUGCGAUGUCCGGGUGACCCUGACGAAGCUGUUCACCAGCGGCCCGUCGGAUCCUGAUGCAGAGAUCCGAGCUGAACGGUGGUGCAUUCUGACGUGCGUAGCUACUAUGAAUGAUGUCAAACCACAUGUUUUCUUUCUAGCGAGGAGGGCCGUGUCAUCUCGGCCCCUCGUUUGCAUUCAUUGGGGCUCUCGACCCAAAGCAAACGUCUGACCCGUGUCCAGCCCUCAUAUUGUCCUCAGUCUGUCCAUCACUUAGAUCGUCAGUCCUUCACACUCAGUGUAAAUAUAUAUGCAGUAGAGGCCCCUCAUUCCAGCGGCAAAAACUACAUUUCCCAUCAGCCUCUCUGUUUCAGCCUUUCGGCUCGGAUGAUAUUCCUGCCUUUAAGUCACGAUGGAAUGAUCGUAUUUACGAGAUUCACAACCGAAAUGUCAUUAUUAGCAGAGAAUCAUUGGUAUUGAUCGUAAGAAGCUUAGUUUGUACACAUUUAGUGUUGUUUUCUUGUGUUCGACGGAAAGUUAAAAAAGAGAAGUGCUUUAAAUUACUUUUCAAAUUUGUUGUAAAGUAUAAAAAAAAAAUAGAUGUAGUGUUGGAAAUUAAAGUAUUUGGACACUUUUUGGUUGUCGAAUGUUGGUUAAUAAACUAAACUACAGCUGUAGAUGUCACUCAUCUGCUAAAACUCAUUUUUAACUUGCAAAUAGUUUAGAAAAGUCAGAAUGAGUGCAACUUUUUAGAACUAUUUGAAUGCAUCAUUGCAACUCAUAAGAAAGACUACAACUUUUCAUAAUUAUUUAAAUGCAUCAUUGCAACUCAUAAACAAAGUGCAACUUUUCAGUAUAUUUUGAAUGCAUCAUUGCAACUCUUGAGUGAAACUUUUCCAAAUUAUUUGAAUGCACCAUUGGAAUUCUCAAGAGUGCAACUUUUCCAAAUUAUUUUAAUGCAUAGUUGCAACUCAUUAGUAAGAGUGCAACUUUUCAGUAUAAUUUGAAUGCAUCACUGCAACUCUUAAAAGCGCAACUUUUAAUAAUUAUUAAAAUGCUUCAUUGCACUCAUAAGAGUGCAUAUUUUCAGUAUUAUUUCAAUGCAUCAUUGCAGCUCACAAAUAAGAGUGCAUCUCUUCGUAAUUAUUUAAAUGCAUCACUGCAACUCAUAAAAGUGCAACUUUUCAGAAUUAUUCAAAAGCAUCGUUGCAACUCGUAAGUAGGAACUUUCCACAAAGACUUGAAGGCAGCAGAAGUUUCUGGCAUCUCCUGGCCUGAAACGGUUCAUUGACUUCUUGUUGCUUGUGGAUAGCAUGUACUGGUUAGAAAUGUCCCUCUUGUGACCUCACUUCCUGCACCGACCCCGUUUUAACCCCCUGCACUGUGUACAUUUUAAUCUGCAAGGUUAACUGCUAUUACUUUUUUGGUGUUAAUAAUGAUUAUAAUGAUGAUGACAAUGUUAAUAAGUAUUUGAAUAAAUAUGAUAGUAAUUCCAUGUGAGAAAAAAAA